AGUCUGCUCUCAACAGUUGUUGACAGUGAAAAUAUAGAGAAACACAUACACGGACGCUUAUAUUUUUCUGGCAGACGCAUCUGCCUUCUUACCUUAAAGGGUGUCGUGUUUUCAGAAACGCGGUUUCCUUCGGCCCCCGAAUGGGUUCUUGAGCUUCGAGAGGCGGAAGAGUGACGCUAGAGGUCGGAAGGCAGAGGUUAGAGAGCCGAAUUGGCGGGAGAAUAGGAUUGUGUUCCCAGAGCUGAGGCUGUAGAGGCUCGUUGAGGUUCCUGGACCCAGCAGAAGAGCGUUGAGCACAUCUCUGAGGAAGAUGAUGAGCAUGACAGAAACCCGUCUCCUCAAAGAACUCACUGCUUAGUAACGAGGCAUGCAGGGGAGACAAUCACCAACAACAAGAACAGCAGCAUUUGUGAAGGGUUUGUUGCCACUGCCAUGACCUGCCCCACUUUGACUACUUUGACUACUGUCUGACUGCCAGCCCUCUGGAGCUCAAUUGCCAAUGUCAGAGUAAUGUGAGGAAUCUUCCUCUUCUGGAAACUUACAGGACGAAAACAUAGGCAGUACCAAGGUGGAGACGGAAGAAAUCUUGGGAGAAAGCAUCUUUGCCUUGUACUGGGACAGUUCCUGAGUCUACCAUGGCUCCCGUGAAGAUCAGCCAUGUGGUGUCAUUUUCCUCUCAGGAUCCCAAAUAUCCUGUGGAGAACUUGCUGAACCCAGACAGUCAGAAGGGACCUUGGCUCAGCUGCCCUCAGGAUAAGAGUGGGCAACUCAGAGUGGAACUCCAGCUGGAGAGGGCCGUGCCCAUUGGCUACAUCGACGUGGGGAACAGUGGCUGUGCCUUCCUGCAAAUUGAUGUGGGUCGGUCUUCCUGGUCUCUGGACAAGCCUUUUGUCACCCUGCUCCCUGCCACCAUGCUGAUGUCCCGAACUGAUUCAAAGCAAGGGAAGAACCGCUCAGGAGUCCGUAUGUUCAAGCAUGAUGACUUCUUGGCUCCAGCCUCAGGGGAGUCCUGGGAUCGGCUUCGCCUGACCUGCUCCCAGCCCUUCACACGCCAACAGUCCUUUGGCCUGGCCUUCCUGCGGGUGCGGUCAUCUCUGGACUCCUCAGAUGACGGUGCGAUGGAUCCCACAGCUGCGGGGAACUCUGAGCUGAGCCAGGUCUCUUCUGAGGACCCUGCCGUGGACCACAGCCCCUGGCUGGCUAAUCCUUCCAUCCGGAGGACUUUCUUCCCAGAUCCCCAGAUGAACACCAAGGAAAUGACAAAGCUCCAUGAUUUCCUAAAGCAGCUGCAGCCAGGGGCCCUGGGACGGUCAGCCAACAUGGUGCUCUCAGCAGCACGAAGGGCGCCUCCAGCCCGAGUGGCAAGCCCACAGAGCCACUGCCCAGACCCAGGGCCCAGUCACGUGGACAGUACAGAGCCCAGAGCAGAGGAGCAAUGCUCAGAGAAUGACGAGGGCAGAAGGAAGAGGCAGAAAGUACGGCAUCCACGGCCUCAAUCCACCUCAAACCCUAAGCUCAACAGGAAGGGCACAGCAAAGGCAGGAGCAAGAAAACAGCACCUAUCCGAGGCCCAGCACAGUGGUACCCAGGAGAGUGGACAGUGCCCACUUUGUGCAGGCUCCUUCAGCAUUGAGCUUCUCCCCCUGCACGCGGCCACUUGUGGAGAGACCACCCCACCUCGCCCAGCUUCUCCCUCAUCGUCACGAUCCUCAUCGCCAUCUGUACUAUGGGUGUCCUCCCCAGAGAGUUCGCCACACAUUCCCUGGGUCCAGUGCCCUAUCUGCCAACUGUCAUUCUCAGCAAGAGAAGUUGAGGAGCAUGCCAGCAUGUGUGGGGAGACCCCCGAGGCAUGAGCUGGAACGUCCUGUGUCCUGAGCCCCAGCCCCUGGACUAAGGUGGGGGAAUGCAUCUCUAGACAGCCUGGAAGGACUGCUGAAGCCAAGCCGCCCUCACACAUUCCCUCUGGGCCCAGCUUGCUCUCAACUCUGUUGUCAGGGCUCCUGUCGCCAUGGCACCAGAUUCUCCUAAAGAUACCUCAGUCCUUCCCCCCUUGGAAUUUCAUGGCAUUGGUGCUCUCUCUGGGGCUGCCGGAAUGUCAUCCUCCUGAGGAGCGCUACACACCACCAGGCCCACUAGCCUGAAAGGGAAACAGGCCCAGAAAAAAAGAAAAGCAUGGCCUGACCCAUCAGACUCCGUAGGGGGCUGGGAAGGUGAGUGGGUUUUGAGCAGGAGACUGACAUCUGGUCUCCCAUGCAUUGACUCUCCACAGCCUUUGUGGAUCAGGCAACAGCACUGCUGUGUGGCUUUGUGCAAGUUAUUUGUCACAGGUCCAAUGUUAACAUUGAUGACUGAGCGAGGACAACCUUAUGCUGUCUGAGCUGUCGCAGGGAGGAGGGGGUCUGAGGCUGGAGCAGUGCUGGGCAUGCCCCACCACCCAGCCACAAGGGGAAGUGGUCGCAGCAGAGGUGCCUACAAUGCCAAACACCAUUCCCACCUCCCAGCCACGCCCUCCCUCAUUCCCUGAAGAUCUCACUGUGUGGCACUAACAUCACUUCGCCCUGGUCUCCAGGGUACGGGGCUGAGGGGGAGCAGCUGGUCCUGGCAAAGGGAGGGCCCGGGGUGGGGUUCUGAAGGGGAAGCCCAGAGGAGGCUAGGCACAGUUGGGGCAGCAAACAGCCAGAGAUCAGUCCUUCAGGCCCUGCGAUCGGAGGUGGGUGCAGCCAUGGACCCACUCACGGUAAGAGGCUUUCCCCCAAGCACUCCUGUUUCUAGCUAUCAAACAGUAGAGUGACCCAGAUAGGAGGAAGGGAGAUGCUAAAUAUCAGGUGGGUGGUGGAGGGGUCACCAUGUGAGUGGGAGGAAACCCACUCCCUAGAAUGAAUAGUAGUAAACAUGGGGCUCGAUUUAGAGAAAGGAAAGCGGGGAGGGGACAGUGUGAUGCCAAGGGUAGAAGAUGUCUUCUGAGUAGACAGCAGAGUUAAGGGGCUGAGGUGGAAGAGGAGGGUUCGGGAAAGUGCUAGCUGUCCUGGCCAGGGCCAAGGGGCUUGGGGAAAAUUCCCAUUCAGAGACCCUCCCAUGUGGACAUGUCUGGACCUGCCCUCGGAGAGGCUUGGGGACUUGCAGAGUGCUCAGCAGCUGGGAGCUGAAGUCAACAAGAUGGGAGCUGGGUCCCUGGCAGAUGCUGCGAGCCUACAGAGAGGGUCCAGUGCCCAGGCCAACCCCAUGUACCUGCCACUACCUUCCCCUUCUCUGGAUCACCACCUUUAGUCCAACUCGGGCCAGGGGAGAAGGCUUUUCCUGUGACGGUGGAAUUGUCCAGUUCUGACACUUUUCCUGACCUGGAAGUCUACACAAUAAAGUGUGGAAUCA